AUGAUGGUCCGCGCACACCGCCGGACAUGUUUCGAGCACGGUGCCAGUCGUAGUAUGCUGGAGUGUCUUGCUGUGUUUCUCUCCUUGGCCAGAGUGGCCGUGAGCGACAGCUGCAACACUACGGAGAACUUGGCGCUUUUGCAGAGCACUCGCAUCCAUCCAGUAGCACUCGAAGGUCAGACAACGGAAGGAUUGCCCGGCUACCAUCGACGCAACGAUAGCUAUCCGGUUCCGCCGAACGCUGGCUUUGAGAGGGCUCAGGAGAUGGCUCUGUCGCAAUCACCCACCUUCGGAUCCUUGGAGGGUGUUGCUGCCGCAGACUUUGAUGGCGAUGGCAUCUUACACCACUUCCUCUGCAGCUCGAACGAUAUGAAUCCAGGUGUUUCCCAGGCCGAGUCUACGCAGCGGUUGUUGCGGUGUGUGGGAGGUCCUGACGGCGCCUUUGAGGAGGUAACAGAAGCCGCAGGAUUAUUUGGUCCUCGCUGCAGUGCAGUAGCAGCGGGGGACCUCGACAAUGACGGGGAUGCGGACCUUGUCACUGCCAACUAUCGAGAGCCUAGUGGCGGUUGCAAGGUUUGGCUCAACGAUGGCACGGGCGUUUUCACGGAGGUGCCGGAUGCUAUCGACACCGCGAGCUGCCCAGGCUUUCCUGGAUCAGUCGCCUUGGGGGACGUGAACAAUGAUGGCAUGCUUGACGCAUACAUCGGUGCUUUCAAUGACAUUGUUGCCGAUACGCAGAAUCUGCCAAGUUCUUUGCUCAUCGGAGAUGGCACAGGCAACUUCGAUCUGGCUGUAGACAGCGGAGCAGAGUUUCCCGAGUGGCCGUGCGUUGCAAGCUUCAUGGACCUGGACGAUGACGGCGACUUGGACAUCAUAGUUGCCACCUGCAAUAGGCUCGUCAACGGUCCAGGAGGCGUGGUAACCCCGAUCUUCACACCCAUCUACAUCUUCCGGAACAGCUUCGCGCAAGAUGGGAACGUGAAGUUUGAGAAUGACGUAGAUGGCUUUGGCAUCGGCGUCCGCACCGGCCUGUGGAUGAACGUCGCUUUCGGAGACUUGAAUGGCGACGGCCUAUUAGACAUCUUCAUGGGCCAGGCAGGAUGUGCGACCUUAACCGAAGCCGGCUGUCCCGCGGGACUGCGUCAUGCCCUUUUUCGCAACAAUGGCGACGGCACGUACACGGAUGUGGCAAACGAGGCUGGAGUGGCCAUCCAUCCCUUCAAUUGGGGAGCUGCCUUCAUUGACAUCGAGAACUCAGGCACGCAGGACCUGAUCACCGUCGGCAAGCUUCCCCUUCUGGUGGCCCCUGCCUCUGUGAAUCCGGGAACAGUGUACCGCAACGACGGUAGCUUCCCCUGGACGCUCUUGGACCCGCUGGAUGUUGGAGUUGACUCUGGAACGGGACUCUCCGUGGGCGACAUCGACAAUGAUGGCCUGGAAGAUGUGGUUGUGCAGACCUUUGGACCGACCGUGCCUCCUGCAAACGCCGCCCAGAGCGUGGCUGUGUUCCUGCAGAACCGCAACAAGGCGAAGAACGGCUGGCUCAAAGUGGUUCUUGAGGGCAGGUGCUCCAACCGAGAUGGCAUCGGUGCCAAAGUGAAGUUGACCUAUAAGACCUAUCUGCGCAGCACAGGUCGUCGCUGGCGCAAGGUCGUUCGAAGGCAGGUGAAGGCGGUGGUAAGCGGCUCCUCUUUCUUUUCCUCGAACGACAAGGUCAUCACCUUCGGACUUGGCUUGCGCGGCAAGGCCAAGGUCCUUGAGGUGCAAUGGCCUAACGGAGCUAUGCAAAGAUUGCGUUUGCCUGAGCGGAAGCAAUCGAAGAAGCUGGUGAAAGUCAAAGAGAAUUGUAAGCGUGCUCGGCAUCGCAAAGCGUACCGCUGA